UUGAAGCAGAGCUUUGUGUGAUAUCCCGCGUGAUACCGACCGGGGUUGGUUACCAGGAAGUGACGGAUGGUCGCCGGAGCUGUUGUCAUGGUGAGGCAAAGAUGGCGAGAGGAAAACCACCUCCAGUUCUCUCUCUGGCCCCACUGGAAAUUCUCCUACUCCUCAACAGCUGGUACUUUGCAGCGUACUUUGUGGCAGAGAUCCUUUUUUUCAUAUAUAAAAGUCUGGUGUUGCCCUAUGCCUCUGCAAACCUGGCUUUGGAUCUAGUCAUGCUGUUUUUGUACCUUGGGGUUGAAAUAUUAAGGAUAUUCUUUGGUUCCAAGGGGAAUCUGUCUCAACGCAAGGUGCCUCUCACUAUUAGCCUGGUGCUUCUUGGGCCAUCUACAAUAAUGGCAAUUUACUAUCUGAUAUUGCAGACCUAUGUUCUAAGGCUGGAACUGACCAUCAAUGCAAUAUUGUUGGUUUUUUAUGUCUUUGAAUUGGUUCUGUACAUCGUGGGCUUGAUGAGUUUCUCAAGUAUAAUCGCAGCUGACUGAGUAUUUGAAGAAAGCGAACAUCCCUUGAGGUGAUCAACACUCUGUGCCAGCCAGUGCAUAUUUGUAAUGCAUAUAUAGUAUUUUUGUAAGCAGCUAUCUUAAAAAUAAUGUUUCCAACAUGUUAUACAGUUAUAUUUUUAUUAAUGUAUUGUAUUUUUGCUAAUAAUUCUGUGAAUAAUUUUGGAUCUUUUUUGGUUCUCGUCUCUCUUUCCCCUGUAGUUAUCAAAGGUAUCUUGAGCUAGUUUUAUUGGCUUCAGGAAACAUCCUCCUCUCUCUGCUGUUUCCUCCUAAUUUGGUGGGAAAGAUGCUGGAUUAUCAAAGAUAAUAGCAGUGCAUUUGGAUAGCAGUAACAGGAUUGGUGCAAGUCAGCAUGGAUUUACAAAAGGGGAAAUCAUGCUUGACAAAUCUUAUGGAAUUUUUUGAAAAUAAAACAAGGAAAAUGGACAAGGGAGAGUCAGUGGAUGUAGUGUACCUGGACUUUCAGAAAGCAUUUGAUAAGAUCCCACACAGAAGAUUAGUGGGCAAAAUUAGAGCACAUGGUAUUGGGGGUAGGGUAUUAACAGGUCACUUUCAGAAUGGCAGGCAGUGAAUAGUGGGGUGCCACAAGGCUCGGUGCUGGGACUGCAGCCAUUUACAAUAUACAUUAGCAAUUUAGAUGAAGGAAUUAAAAGUAACAUUAGCAUAUUUGCAGAUGACACAAAUAUGGUGGCAGUGUGAACUGUGAAGAGGAUACUAUGAGAAUGCAGGGUAACUUGGACAGGUUGGGUGAGUGGGCAGAUGCAUGGCACUGGCAGAUGCAGUAUAAUGCGGAUAAAUGUGAGGUUAUCCACUUUGGAUGGGAAGGCAGAUUAUCUGAAUGGUGUCAGGUUAGGAAAAGGGGAAAUACAACGAGAGCUGGGUGCCCUAGUACAUCAGUCACUGAAAGUAAGCAUACAGGUACAGCAGACAGUGAAGAAAGCUAACAGCAUGUUGGCCUUCAUAACGAGAGGAGUUGAAUAUAGGAGCAAAGAGAUCCUUCUGCAGUUGUACAGAGCCCUGGUUAGACCACACCUGGAGCAUUGUGUGCAGUUUUAGUUUCCUAAUUUGAGGAGGGACAUUCUUGCUAUUGACAGAGUGCAGCGUAUGUUCAUGAGGUUAAUUCCGGGAUGGCGGGGCUGUCAUAUGAUGAAAGAAUAGAGCGACUGGGCUUGUAUUCACUGGAAUUUAGAAGGAUGAGAGGGAAUCUGAUAGAAACACUAGACCAAGUGCAGACCUGUUGGGUCUGCUCCCCAAUGCAAUAUUCCAGCAUUCACCCAUUCCCCAAAUUCAACUCAUUCCCCUAAUGCAACGCGGGGGUGUGGGGGGGGCAGGGGUGUGGGGGAGGGGGGUCAGUGCCGGAUUCAGAUGAAGAGAGGCCCUAGGUUGUUCAACUUAUGAGGCCCCUCACAAUCCCCAACCUCCACGACUAGAAGAAGAUGGAAGAGUCCACCAGAUUGACACCGAUUUGCAGAUGAGCGUGGCCAAUGAGAUAAGGGGCUGGAAGGCUGAGCUUUUUAUUUAUUUAUCUAUUGCCAGUGCUAGUGUCGAGUUAUCGGCUUAAAACACUAUUAUUCUGAAAUGGAGUGCAAGGCAAAUUACUGAAAAGUUGUUUAGAGAUUACAGUGUGUUGUGACAGCAUAUGUAGGAAAGGCCUAAGACAGUGUCAAAAAUAUUAUACACCUUGCAGGGCUCUCACUUAACUUUUUUUGCCAGCCGGGCAACCUUGGCAGCUUUUUAGGUUGCCAAAUGACAGUUUAGGUGGUCAUUUAAGACGGCUUGCAUGACGCGUGCGAUAAUGUGCUCGGACGAAGUGCGUAGUUACCAGUCGGAAUUAUGCUCAAUGAAGCAUUCACAUAUUAUUUCUGCUUCAAAUAAAGUCACAAAUUAAACAUAUUCACCAAUCAAGACAUGAUAUAUACCACAAUGACAUGCAGCAAAAUUAUAAUACAGUAUCUCAACUCUGUUUACACGUUGCAAUGAAUGCAAUUUCUAUUAUUUCUUUCCACUUCCAAACAAAAAUGUGGUUGGAUUAUUCAACGCAUGUUAUAGGUGGCGCGACCGAUGUUGCAGUGGCCUCUGCAAUCCAUCUGUUUUAAUUUUUUGUCCUGUUGAGUGUAUAGUUUGUAGUGGUUUUUUAUUGUUUUUAACUGUGUGUUGGGGGCAGGGGGAACUUUUAAAUCUCUUCCCUGCACCGGAGACCCGACCUUUUCCCUGUCGGGUCUCCAUUGUCGUUGGGGCCUAGCACCGUGGAGCGGCCUCCAACCGGAACGAUCUGGGGGCUCCAGUCGCGGAGCCUCCGGACACACACUGGCUGGCUUCGGGGCGUGGAGAGCUGUGGUGGCGCGCUGCUGCGGCCCGACUCCGGAGCUUCGGAGGCUCCAGCCGCAGGUCCGGUGGACGGUCACAUCGUGAGCUCGCGGGUCCCUAGUGGGAGACCGCUUUUCGGAGCUCCCACAACGGCAACUUCUCCCGCCCGAGUUGCGGGGUUGAAGGCGACCCGGAGCGGGGCCUUACAUCGCCCGGCGCGGCUUAAACGGCCGCGGGACUUGCCAGCACCCGUUGGGGGCUCCAACAUCAACAUCAGUGCCUUACAUCGCGUGGCGCGGCCUUAAUGGCCGUGGGACUUGCCAUCGCCCGCUGGGGGCUUUGACAUCGGGAGAAGAAUGGAGAGCAGAGUAGAGACAAGACUUUGCCUUCCAUCACAGUGAGGAGGAGAUUCAGGAGGAUGUAUUGUAUUGUAUGAUCAACCUCGGUGAGACCAAGCGCAGGCUUGGCGAUCGCAUCGCCCAACACCUCCGCUCGGUUCGGCACUUCAAUCCCCCUCGCAUUCUGAAUCCGACCUUUCUGUCCUGGGCCUCUUCCAUGGCCAGAGUGAGGCCCACCGUAAAUUGGAGGAGCAACACCUCAUAUUUCGCUGGGGAAGUUUACACCCCAGCGGUAUGAACAUUGAUUUCUCCAAUUUCAGGUAGUCCCUGCUUUCUCCUCCCUUUCCCAGCUCUCCCUUGGCCCACUGUCUCCGCCUCUUCCUUUCUUCUUCCCGUCCCCCCCACCUCACAUCAGUCUGAAGAACGGUCUCAACCCGAAACGUCGCCUAUUUCCUUCGCUCCAUAGAUGCUGCCUCACCCGCUGAGUUUCUCCAGCAUUUUUGUCAACCCAUUCGCACAAGUUCCGUUAUCCCACUUUCCUCACCCACUCCCUACACAUUAGUGGCAAUUUUAUAGAGACAAGUUAACCUACAAAGCCAAUGCAUCUUUGGGGUGUGGGAGGAAAACCACACGCUUGCAGGGAGAAUGUGCAAAUUCGGGCGGUGAGGAGGGAGCACCGUGCUGAGGGAGGGAAGCAGUGGCCGCGGGCGCCCACCCGAGUGAGGCCGCAGGCGGGCAUGGACCCGAGUGAGGCGGUGGGCUGGUGCCGACCUGAGCGGGGCCACGGGCCGACCCGAGCAAGGUCGCAUCUUCAGUGCAACUGGGCCAGGCGGGCCAGGCAAAGGGAGGUUUCCAGAACAUUCCAGCGUGGCGGCCUCCUCCCCCCCCUUGCGAAUUUAUGAAGUUAAAACAGUUGGGGAGGUGGAGAGGGGGCAUUGUGACGUCAUUCGAAGCUGCUUGAAAAAUCUGUAUGUGGCCGUUUUGGCUUUUUUAAUGAUGAAUAACUUUUGAAAUAUAGCAUGAAAUGUGAAGGGAACCUGUUUAUUGCGUCGACUAGGUUAAUGUGAGUAAUAAUCUGUAAAAAUGUCAACAGUUGCGCGUAGUGUUUUGACGAAGGU